ACAGCUCAUCAUCACUCACGCACACUCAACAUUCGUGGCCACUACCCAAAUAAACAAAACCCAUAGCAUUUCUAUACCCUCAUUUCCACACCACACCACACCACGAAUACAUAUAAACAAUUUCAGCUCACGCCUCUCUCUCUCCUCUCUAGAAUCUCUACGCAAAGAUGAGCAAGGGACCAGGACUUUUCACAGAUAUCGGCAAGAAAGCCAAAGAUCUUCUAACCAGGGACUUCAACUCCGAUCAGAAGUUCACUGUCUCUACCUACAGCGAUGCUGGAGUGGCACUUUCAUCAACAGCAGUGAAGAAAGGAGGAUUCUCAACUGGGGAUGUGGCAGCACAGUACAAGUACAAGAACGCAGUUUUUGACGUCAAAGUUGAUACAGAAUCUAAUAUCUCAACAACCAUUACAUUCACUGAAAUCCUCCCAUCCACAAAGACAAUUGCUUCAUUUAAAGUGCCUGAUUAUAACUCUGGCAAGUUGGAGGUGCAAUACUUCCAUGACCAUGCUACCUUGACGACAGCCGUUGCUUUGAACCAAUCCCCUGCCAUUGAUGUUUCAGCCACCAUUGGUACCCCUAGCAUUGCUUUUGGUGCAGAGGCGGGUUAUGAUACUACAACUGGUAAUUUUACGAAAUACACUGCUGGCUUUAGUGUUGCAAAACCAGAAUCAUCUGCUUCAAUAAUCCUGGGCGACAAGGGGGACAGUAUAAAAGCAUCAUAUGUGCAUCACUUGGAUCAGUUUAAGAAGAGUGCUGCUGUUGGAGAGAUCACUAGAAAGUUCUCUACCAAUGAGAACACUUUCACAGUUGGAGGGUCAUAUGCGAUUGAUAGCCUGACAGUGGUGAAAGCAAAGCUCAAUAACCAUGGGAAGCUAGGGGCUCUCCUGCAGCAUGAGGUCAUACCCAAGUCAGUGCUGACAGUCUCUGGAGAGGUUGACACCAAGGCCUUGGACAAAAAUCCCAAGUUUGGAUUGGCCAUUGCUCUUAGGCCCUGAAGGGUUUACUGCUGUUGGAUGAUACAACAUUGGAAUUUACACAACUUCUAUUCAAUUUUUUUGGUGGCGCAUGAAUUGGAGCGCAUAAUAAUGAGUUCCACAGAUUUACUUGAUUCAGAUUCGCAGACUGUGGAUCAAUGUUUUGAUACUUGAGGUCUACCAUUGUCAUCUGUUUCUCAGUAUUUUUUUUAAAAUCUUUUUAUGCUUUCCCGUUGUAGGCAUUUUGAUGUUUGCACGUUAUAUUUGUUAGUCCUUAAAUCAGGAGUUCUACGUAAUUCAUAUGCUUUUUGAGGGUCA